UAUGGAAUCCCAGGAAUCUGCAUGCAGCGGCCAGUCAGGGGAAAGCUUUACCUUGGAUCUCCCGACAGUGUGUGACCCCAGAAGUUAUGAAGCACCCCAGAGAGCCAGCCAGGCAGCCAACAGCCAGUGGCCAAGUUCUCCGGAAUCACACUCUUUCCCUUCUUCCUCAACUGCUGGCUCAGGUGGCAGUUCUCUAAAUACUGAGCAAAAAGGUUCCUGGGACUCUGAGACCUCCUGGCCCCACCCUUCCGUGAAUGGCCAGUUGGAGACCCACCCAGAGGAUGAUGAACUUCGGAAAUCCCUGGACAGAUUCUACGAAGCAUUUGCCCAUCCGCUGCCAGGCUCUGGGGAUCAGCUCUCUGAACCUGUGUGCCGGUGCCUGUCUCAGACAAUCUCUGGGCUUGAGGGCCAGGAGAGCCAACAGUACGCUCUCCGCAGUUUCCAGAUGGCCCGGGUCAUCUUUAACCGGGAUGGCUGCUCUGUCUUACAGCAGCAUUCCAAGGAAACCCGCUUCUACCCUCUGGAGCAAGGAGGUAGCUCUGUGGAUGAUGAAGAGCCCAUCCCAGGACUGUCAAGAGAGAUCAUUCAUUUCCUCUUGGAACAGACCAUCAUGAAAGAGGCAUAGCUGGUGCUGGUGUGAAAGCAGGUGCUGCUGGAGAUAAAGUGCUUUCAACCUGGCCCUCAGAGUCUCUGGGUGGAGUGGGGCUCCUCCUGACAUCUUUCCAUUUCCAGCCAUUAGCUAGAGGCUUCACAGGUAGAGGCUGGCACUAGCAACCC